AUGGCUCCGCUGGCUCGGAAUGUCUUGGUGACUGGAUCCAAUCGGGGUAUUGGGCUGGAGCUGGUCAGGCAGCUAGUGGAGAGUCCAGACCCCCCAGAACACAUCUUUGCAACCUACCGAGACCUGGAUGGACCAAGAGGAAAGGCCCUGCAGGAACUGGCUGCCAAGUACCCCCCUGUGAGGCCGAUUCAGCUAGAUGCAGUGAGCUUGGCCAGCGUGAGAGCAGCAGUGAAGGAGGUGGAGUCCCAGCUGAACGGCAAGGGCCUGAACCUGCUUAUUAAUAAUGCAGCAGUCAACUCCCACGCCACGCUGCAGUCAGUGCAGCCGGAGGAGAUGAUCUCCGUGUUCACUACCAAUGUGGUCGGGCCGAUCCAAGUGGCCAAGGAGUUUCUGCCCCUGCUGAAGAGGGCAGCUGAGGAAGCCGGAAAGGAGGGGCUGAGCUGCAGCAAGGCAGCAAUUAUCAACAUGUCCACUAAUGUGGGCUCCAUCGAGCUGUGCUUCAAAGUCCUGGAGAUCCCCAUGUACCCGUACCGUGCCAGCAAGGCCGCUCUGAACAUGGUGACGAGGUGCCUGGCAGCAGAGCUCAAAGACGCUGGAAUCUUGUGCACUGCCAUCCAUCCUGGCUGGGUGAAAACAGACAUGGGGACAAAGAAGGCCCCUCUGACCGUGGAGUGCAGCGUGCAGGGCAUCCUGAGCGUGCUGGCCGGCCUUUCGCAGGCAACCACUGGGGUGUUCCUGGACUGGGAAGGGAAGAGCCUGCCCUGGUGA